UGAAGAGCAAAGAGAGCGGACAGGAAGCACAACAGUGAGGAGCCAGAGAAAGAUCAAGAAUUGUAGAGUACUUUAUGGAGUUUAUUAUCCGGAAACCACCAUGUUGCAGAGUUGUGCUAGGCUACUGCGGGUUGGGUCUACCCUCUGCCAUCAAAAUAGUCUGAAACAAACUUCCAUUUCCAUGCCACAAUGUUUCUCAGUCAGCCAUCCGUAUUCUUCUGGGACAUCGUGAGAUUUUGGUUUCCCAAAUGAUACAUGGAGCCAGAACAUGGUGAAUUUAUAUAAUAGAUUUUUGGAACUGAGUAAGGAUGGCAGCUGGAAGCGGAUUCCUUCUUUCAACACCACUGUACAUCACAUGGAAGGUGACAUUGUGGAGCCACGGCAAGAGAAACGUCUUUUUACCAGGAACUUAGAUAAAGAUGGUGUUGGGUUUGAGUACACUAUGUUCUACAACAUUGCAAAGAAGAGGAUGGUUACCCUUUUUCAAUCUGGGCCGUACUUGGAAGGACCACCUGGGUUCACACAUGGAGGCUGCAUUGCAACCAUCAUUGACAGCACAGCUGGAGCCUGUGUUGUGUGCACCUAUGGGAGUGUCAUGACAGCAAAUCUAAAUGUCAACUACCGCAACUCAAUACCACUGGGAAGUACUGUAAUUGUGGAUAGUCAGGUGGACAAGGUAGAAGGGCGAAAAGUAUAUGCCAGCUGUCAGAUCCGAAGCCAUGACGAUGCUUUGCUUCACACAGAAGCCACAGCUCUGUUCAUCAAGCUGAACCCUUAAGAGGAGAAUUCUUCUGACUGACCUAAAAAUUCUAACGGAAAAAUAGACUAGUGUUUGCCACUAUUGAUCUCUGACAUUUAAUAGCAAAGCAAAAGUUUGCAAUUGCAAGA